AUGGCAAUGAAGCGCCUCCAACAGCUCGGCAACCAACUCACACAGACCUCUCCUAAACCAGACGAAGAGACAAUGGCCCCCGCAGACUCCAAAUUCGCCCUCGACGAAAACGGCAUCCCGCCGUUCGAGUCGCUGCCCCUCGGCAAAGACGACCCGCGCUUCUCGGCCUGGGGCCUCUACGGCGACAAGGACGAGCUGGGGACGCUGAACAGGUUGACGGACGAGCGCGUCGCUGCUGCUGCGAAGGAGGAGAUUAAGACGGGCGCGAGAGUCUCCCUCAACUGGCCCCUGACAGCCCAAUCCGCCCCCUUCUUCAACCGCCGCGCCUUCCACCACGACCUCUACCGCAAACACCCGCGCUUCGUGAACGACGACGAGUGGACCUUCAACUCGCAGUCGUCGUCGCAGUGGGACGGCCUCCGGCACUUUGGGUACCAAAAGGAAGAAAAGUUCUACAACAGCGUCUCCAUGGACGAGGUCCACGCCGUGGACGAGGAGGGGAGGCGGUCGACUGUGAAUGGGAUCCAAGCCUGGCAGAAACACGGCAUCGUCGGCAGAGGCAUCCUCGUAGACUACCACACCUGGCGCCUCGAGCAAAACAUGCCUUACGACCCCUUUGCGCGCGACUCCAUCCCCGUGGCGGAUCUCCAGGCCUGCCUCAAGGCGCAGGGCACCGAGAUCAAAUUUGGUGACAUACUCAUCACCCGUACAGGCUUCACAGCAACACACGCCUCCCUCCCCCCCUCAACCCUGUCCGACCACCUCGCCGCCAGCCCGCAAAGCUUCUCCGGCGUAGCCCAAUCCGAAGAGACCCUCCGCUGGGUCUGGUCCAACUUCUCCGCCGUGGCAGGCGACCAGCCGUCCUUCGAGUGCUGGCCCCACCGCGACCCGAAGCACUGGAUGCACGAGGUCCUCCUCGCCGGCUGGGGCAUGCCCAUCGGCGAGCUCUUCGACCUGGAAGCGCUGGCGGCGCAGUGUAAGCGCGAAAAGAGGUGGAGCUUCUUCGUCGUGAGCGAGCCGUGCAAUGUCCCCGGCGGUGUUGCGAGCCCACCCAAUAUUCUUGCCAUCUUUUGA